AAUCCAUAUUCGGCUCAUGUAACUGGUGGUUUGGAGUGAAUCGACCAUUGCGACCACAUGAGCGGAGAAAGCCAAUCGAAUCCUUGCUACCAACCGCCGCCAGCUUCGAGAACCGCAACUCCGCCCACAAAACCAACGGCUCACUCGGAGAAAGAACCACCACCACCAGCAACAAUGAGUCGUUGCCUGAGUUUUGUUUUCCUCCAGUCAAGUCUACACACUGGCCAUUUUUCCUGAUUUUGAAGUGUUCCUGUUUCGUUCUCCCUUGUCCCUGUUCUUGUUCUGGAGAACAGUAGUACUUGGAAAGAUUGACAGAUUCUACAGAUAGACUUUGCAAUGGGAAAGAAGAAAGUGUCUCCUCCGAAACGGCCGAUGCCCGUUUACCGGACGACCCUACACCGCCAUGGCCUGGGGAAGACGGGGUUUACAUCCUUCGCACUUAACAAGGCGACAAAGGCUCUCUCCUCCGUGGACUCGGCCAAUACGCAGCGUGGAAAUAUGAAGGUCGUGAUCAGAGUCAGACCAGAAAACUCGAGAGAAUCUUGUCUCAAGGCGAAAACGAUUGUUCAUGCUGUUGAUUCAAACAUGGUUUUAUUUGACCCCCCUGAUGAUAAUCCGGACUUUUACUACAAGGGAGUUAAACAGAGUUACCAACAAGGGAAAAGAAAUAAGAAUAUCAAAUUUGCGUUUGACAAUGUGUACGGCCCACAGUCCACCAACGAGGAGAUUUUUCGGGAUGUAAUCAAUCCCAUGCUGGACACUCUGUUGAGCGGAUUUAACUGUUCCGUAUUUGCAUAUGGUCCAACUGGAUCUGGAAAGACUCAUACAAUGAUUGGGUCACUCGUGAACCCUGGAUUAACCUUCCAGACCGUGAUGGAAUUAUAUCGACGACUCGAGGAAAUGGUAGACGAGUAUGAGACAGAGGUCACGGUUUCAUAUUUAGAGGUUUAUAACGAGACUGUUCGGGAUUUACUUCAAACAACAUCCGGAGAUUUGCAACUCAGAGAGGAUACAAAUGGGGUGGUUGUGGCUAACUUAACAGUGCACAAACCUCAAGACUCCACAGCACUGCUUAACCUGCUUGCACAAGGAAAUAGUGUUCGUAGUCAACACCCCACUGACCUUAAUGCGGAGUCUUCUCGGUCGCAUGCAGUUUUUCAGGUGUUCAUUAAGCUGAGGAGCAGAUUCACAGAAUUGACUAAUAAAUACAAGUCAGCAAAGUUGGUUAUGGUCGACUUGGCUGGAUCAGAAAAAGGAACUGCGACUGGCUUCCAAGGUCAACGAUUUCGAGAAGGGGCCUCAAUUAACAAGUCUUUACUCGCACUUGGCAAUUGCAUAAACGCCCUUUCCGAUGGGAAGAAACAUAUCCCAUACCGGGAUUCCAAGUUAACAAGAAUUCUAAAAGAUUCACUUGGAGGAAACUGUAAAACAGUUAUGAUUGCUAAUAUAUCCCCUUCCAGCUUGUCAUACGAUGACUCAUACAACACGCUCAAAUAUGCCGAUAGGGCGAAAAGAAUUAAAUUUGUGUUGAAGAAAAACACAAUGUCAGUGUCUGCUUGUCUGACCCAAUACACCAAAGUGGUUGAUGAAAUGAGCCACAAGAUAGAAAUCCUGGAGAAAGAAUUAAGUGAAUAUAAAUCCAAGAAGUGUUACUGCAAAGGUGAACCAAUUCCUGAAUCACAUAUCGAGACUGUAGAGAUUAAGAACCCACCUCAACCUAUAAUUCCAAUCAUCGCCCCAGUUCCUGCGGUCACGUCUGUAACAUCCUCUAAUAUGGAAACGGCGAUUCCGACCAAUGUCGUUCAGACGAUCAAUGAGCUGGCUGCAAGACGCACUGAAGUAAUGAAAACUCUUUCGGCUGCAAGCACCACCCACUAUGUGACCCUUAGUAAAAUUAAAACUAAGGAACGUAGGAUUCAAACUAUACAAAACCUCAAGUCUGGCAGUAAUAUUAGCAAGAUGGAAAAACAAGUGGAGGCUUUUACUCAGCAACUUGAGCAAGCAGAGGCAAAAAGGGAUCAAUCAAAAAUGGUUAAUUCUCAGAUAAACGACCAAAUUAACCAGUUUCGCAUCGAGUAUGAAAACACGGUCGGUACCGUUCCUCUCACUGCGCCAGAGUAUUUUGAAUAUCAAAAUACCAAGAUGAAAUGUGAAAAGUAUUUUACCCUGAGUCACACUCGAAAAUCAGUAACCAACUACUUAGUCGAGGAAUGUAAGAAAUCUGAAGCCUUACUCGCUGAAGCUGUAAAAAUGAUGAGUUGUCACUAUUUAAUGUGCAAACAUUACAAGGCUAAUACAAAGAAAAUGGAUACUGAUUACGAGAAAUUUGUCGCUAGUUUGUGUGGAACUACUGUCCAUUGGUCUACAUCGGACAACAACGAGAACAUGCCAAUAUCGUCAGUGGGUUCACUAGAGAUGAUUCUCUCAGAUAGUGCACUGGAAGACGGUAUCUUUUUCAAACGCAGUGCUAUUGCAGAGGACAUCUCGGUGGACGCCCCAAUGAUGCCACCGCAUAUAACAAUGCAAGCAUUAAAUCCAUUAAUAAAAUCAUCACAGCAAGGAACGAGUUUAAAUGAAACGAGGCUGAUGUAUCCAACACCCAAUACCGGAACGCGAUAUCCAACACCGCAACACGAUACGCGAACUAGGCUUGACGAGACUAUUACGUUGUCUACACAUGACAUGGAAUUUGGUGAAUGAAAAUACGCGAUUCAAACUCAAAGAGCAAGCCAAAAGGUUUUUAACAUAAGUUUACAUUAGAAAUUAUUGCACGUUUACAAUAACAUUGGAAUUAAUAUUUUUUUACAAGCAAGAUUGCAAUGGGAUCAAAAUAUUUAAUUAUGUUACUUCAACAACUUUUACAAUCUUACCAUACAUAUAAAUGAAGUGCAAUUUUUAUAUAGGGAAUACUUAACUAUAAGUUAAGUCUACCAAAAAAUCAAAGUAUUUCGCCUAAGUAUCCAAUUGUUAAAUUUAAAUAGAAUACUUUUAUUCCGAGAAAUAUUAAUUGCUUGUUGCUCUUGAAGUUUCGAAAUAAUGUCAUAAAAUUAAUUGUAUUGGAAAAGUAUACCAAUUUUGUGCAUAGAUGUUAAUGAAACUGAGCCGAUACUCUUAUUUAAUCCUUAACCCGGUCGUUCUUCCUUGUUGUUCCGUGUUCAUACUGUGCAUUUUCUAGCGUUUUUACUAUACUUUUUACAAUUUGCGAUCGUCUUUGAUAAAUUAUAAUAUUAAUUAACUUUUCUAGUUAAUAUUCCUAACAUUAUAAUUUUGUAAUACAUCCUUUUUUACCAAUGACGUUGAUUAUGCAUACAAUAAGCAGGGUAAAUAUAGGAGUAGCAGAGAAUUUCAGUUUAACUGGUUUAUUGUUUCCAUAAACAGGCUCUUCCUUUCACCACCAUGUAAAUUUUCAAGUUGAUACGACAAUAACCAGUUAAUAAUACUUACUUAAUAAUAAACCAGUUAAACUGAAAUUCUUCACGACGCCAAUGCUUAUUUUGCUUAUUUCGGCAUUACUUUUUUAAUUAGUAAGACAGCUCGCAACAUAAAUUAAGUUAAAUAAUACCAAGCACAUUACUGAGAUUAAUAAAAAAAUACAUAAUUAA